UGUUCUAUUGGAAAACUCAGAUCUGAUCCUCUUUGUGGACGGGUCAGCAUCACGUGACCCAAAGACAGGUAAAAAUCGAGUGGGCUAUGCAGUAGUGACUGCACACGAGACGGUCGGUCAGGAAUUCUCCCCUCAAACCUUUCAGCACAAGCAGCUGAAAUGUAUGCCCUCAUAGAGGCAUGAAGACAUGCUGAGGGACAGUCAGUAAAUAUCUACACAGACAGUAGAUAUGCCUUUGAGGUAGUACAUGAUUUGGGGACAAUUUGGAAACACAGGAACUUCCUGACGAGUUCAGGAACACACAUAGCCCACCACAAACUAGUCUCUGAGCUGCUAAACGCAGUCCUACUCCCCAAAACUACUGCAGUAUGCAAAUGCGAUGCACACACACUAACAAAUUAGACCAUGUUUUCCUAGGAAACGCUUGAGCGGACAGUGCAGCAAAGCAAGCAGCUGCAUCUAUGGUCCCAAAACUCAAAAGAAAAUAAAUCACUCCUUUACUGCUUUCAGACCUCCAAGCACGAGCUACUGACGAGGAAAAGGCUGUGUGGCACAAAGCAGGCUGCACGGUUGUUGAUGGAGUUCGGCGAUGCCCCGGGGCUGUCCUUGUCUUCAAAGUUGACGCAUGGCAAGGACCAUGCGUCAAAAAGGGGGAAUGAUAGCUGCGAUAAAGCAUAAGUUUCUCCAAUUACUCAAAAUUUUUUAUAUAAAUAAAUAAAUAAAUAAACAAACAAAAAAAAACUGUUGUUUACCCUGUUUGCGCAACUCAUAACGUGCGUUGAGGUUUGAAGGUAGAGAAGGCCACAUCCCCAUGUCCAAACAGGACACAGACACGGUAGUGAUAAUGGCACACCUUUUGUGAGCCAUGCCCUUAAGUAGGUGGGUGAAUAUUUGAGCAUUGAAUUAAAGAAUAUCAUCCAGCUGCAUAUCAUUCAGCUAGUGGUGGAGUGGUAGAGAGAGAAAAUGGGACACUAAAAAACAGAUUGCGCAAAUGCUGUUCUGAAACAGGCUUAGGGAUGGGCUUAGCCCCUUUGGGAUAUCGCUUGGGAGACCUCCACACACAGGAAUUGGACCUGUGACAGCUCCUUUCCCGACGCUGCAGCAUGUGAUGAUGCAAUGUAAAUUACUGUGCAACCCUGUCCUCUGCUUUGCACUCUAUACACAAGCAGGUAAAGGCAGCACUUCCAGCUCUAGCCACGGUUCCGCUGCAUGAUCUGAAGCCUGGAGAGUGGAUCGUGAUCAAGGACUUCCGCAGCACCAGGUGGAACAAGCCACGGUGGUCGGGGCCAUUCUAGAUUCGUCACUCACUCUGUGGUAAAGGCCAGCCAGAGAGCCAUGUGGAUGCAUGCGAGCCACUGCAUGAGGGUGCCAGAGCCAUGCACUGAGCUGGAGAAGAUGGGACUGCAAUAGGAGAACUAGACCAUAAUUCUCCAUCAAGAAUCCACAGACUAGCGAGACAGGGUUUCAUUGGCUGAACUCAGUACUCGGGGAAUAGGGCUCAUGGAUAUUAAUCGUCUGUCUACCAAUAGAGUGGGAGUGAGAAAGAGAAUGAUUUGCCAGCGGCAGAAAGCCCGGACAUGUCGUCGAUAGAGAAAGCCAGCUUCCUUCAAGGAGAGGAGUAUUCCUCCCACGGUAACCCUCUACAUAGCACCGCUCUGGAAGAUGAAAGCAGACCCGAAACUGAUCAUCGACUCGAAGCCACAGCGGGGAAGCGGACAAGUGAAGGAAGAGAGAAUGAAGUCCGCGGCGUGACUGAGACUCCGAAGAGACCAGUCUGUCCUGCGAAAAAUCUGAAAGCGCGACAGGAAAGCGACGUGCAGGCUCAGAAGAAGAGCUCCAAAUCUAGAAGGAAUCAAAAGCCAACAGAGCAGAUAGACCGUGCACUAAAAUCUCGACGUGUGCAGAACAUCUCAGAGAGAAGAAAGAAUGACGGCAAGAAAAGAGCACAGUCUGAGGGAACAAGUAGUGGGGGUUCAGCCACUGACACGUCACCUGACGCAGUUCACGCCCAAAGCCAGAGGCGGCCAUCUUUGUCCUCAGAGGACUUGACUGAUGAGGAUGAGAGCUUUCACCUGAGCAGUGAGAGACCUACGGCAUCCCGCAUGAGUCUCCCGAGGCCAAAGUCGUCAUCCAGUCAGCCGCAGAGAGGUCAGAAACAGAAGAGGAAAUCUUCAUCUGGAUCCAGAGACUGUGGUAAUCCCAGUAAGAAGCAGAAACCUGGAGGUGUGAAAAAUCCAAUUGCUCUUGAUGUUGUACUUGAAGCGUUCCAGGAAUUUGUCACCCAGUAUAAGGAGCCAGUGAGCUCUGAGGUUGUUAAAAAAGCCAUAAAUGCUUUUUCUCACUCAUUUGAGGAGCAGCUCACUGAGAAGAUCACUGCAGCUAAGGAUUUCAACAAUGUAAAGCGUGAAGCUGUAAAGGUUAAUAAAACCCUAAACCAGAAGAAGACUAGACUUUUGGAAGCCAAGAAUGAAUUAAUCAAGAGUACGGCUGAGGCGAGGAAGCUUGAAAAAGAGCGCAGUGAUCUGGAGCAGAGGCUCACGGCUUUAAAACAGGGCACUGCCUUUCUUAACAACCUGUAUGCGCUGAACACGAGAUACCUGCAACAUCGCAGCACUCAUACUGAUGAACCAGAAACGUAUGGACCAUCCUGCAUGCCAGCUAUGCUGCUGGAGGCCAGGAGCAUCACAGGGACAGAAAACCAGUUAAAGAACAUCAAUGACCAACUACAGCGAGUCUUAGAGGAAACUGCUCACGAAGAGUAUUGCAAUCAGUGAAUUUCAGAUUUUUGACAUUGUUAUUUUUGGGCAGUUGAUUGUGUCUUAAAUUGUGUCUUAAAAUGAGUUGUUGAAAAAUAAAGCUAAGGCUAAGUUUGUCAAAUAUA